GUUCUAGGCUCGCGCGCCGUGCACGCGGACAGAAGCAGGAAAUAUGGCGGCGCUCAUGUCACUGGCUCAGAUAUCAAGUGGAAACCCCGCCUAUGAGAACUUUUACAGACAGUUGGAUCCAGCAAACACAGGGAAAAUCGGGGCAGUUGAAGCAGCUCAGUUCUUGAAGAAGUCAGGCCUGUCAGAUAGCACUCUGAGCAAGAUAUGGGAUUUGUCAGACUCAGAAAGAAAGGGGUUCUUGGACAAGAGGGGUUUCUUUAUUGCCCUCAGGUUGGUGGCAUCAGCACAGAGUGGCAAUGAUGUCAGCCAGAGCAGUCUGAACCAGACCAUCUCAAUUCCGACACCUAAAUUUAGAGACACAGCCAGUCCAUCUCUGGUAUCAACAGCUUCUAGUGACGCUACUUGGGCAGUGAAGUUUGAUGACAAAGUGAAGUAUGAUGGGAUAUUUGAGAGUCUCUUGCCAGUUGGUGGCCUUCUCUCAGGAGAUAAGGUGAAACCGGUGCUCAUUAAUUCUAACCUGCCCCUGGAUGUCCUUGGGAAGAUUUGGAACCUCAGCGACGUUGAUAAAGAUGGACAUCUGGAUAAAGAAGAGUUUUCAGUGGCCAUGCAUCUGGUUUACCGAGCCAGAGAGAAAGAACCUGUUCCUUCCACACUUCCCUCCUCCCUCAUUCCUCCAUCCAAGCUAAAGAAGACAGGGGUUGCAUUGCCUGGCUCUGUUCCUGUGCUGCCUUCCAGCCCCUUCCUCAUGAAGGAUGCGCUGCGAUCCACAGUGCCACUCUCCAAGAGCCCUCUGACUGUUGCCUCCAAUCUCUCACCAUCAAACUCAUUCAGGAGCUCCAGACCCAGUCCUGUCCCUAGCCCAGCACCACUGCAGCCUGUCUCACUGAACUGGGUGGUACCUCAGGAAGACAGGGAGCAGUACGAGGAAAUCUUUGAGCUGGCUGACUCUGAUUUUGAUGGCAUGGUGGGAGGAGGUGAAGUUAAGGACAUUUUCAUAAACUCAGGACUGCCCCAGGGUGUGCUGGCCCACAUCUGGUCACUGGCAGAUACUAAAUGCACAGGCAAGCUGACCAAAGAGCAGUUCUGUCUAGCUAUGCACCUUAUCCAGCAAAAGGUCAAGGGGGUUGACCCUCCACAGAACCUUACACCUGAAAUGAUUCCCCCCUCAGAGAGGGGCUCUACUUCCUCUACUACAAUCUCAUCAGAUUUCUCCUCAUCAGUAGGAUUUGAAUUGGCUGGACUGUCUAUGCCCAGUAUAUCCAGAGACAGCAGUAGUACACUGGCACCUGUGGAGUUGACAGGAAUUAAAGAGCUCGAUGAUAUUAGCCAGGAAAUCUCUCGGCUGCAGAGUGAGAAGCGCAGCAUAGAGCAGGAGAUCAGACAGAAGGAAGAGGUCAUUCGACAGAAGAACAAUGAAGUUCAUGGCAUGCAGGGCGAGCUGGAACAUGAGAACAGCAGCCUGCAGGACCUGGAGCAGCAGAAGCAGGUUGCCCAGGACAGACUGCAGGAGAUGGAGCAGCAGAGGAGCAAGCUGGACGGCAUGGAGAAGGAUGCUAAGAGCAAGUGCACGGAAGAGACCAGCAGGAUCUCCUCUCUGCAGACACAAAUCCUGUCUCAAGAGUCAGACUUAAAGACGCAGGAGAAGGAACUGAGCCGAACCAAAACAGACCUGUAUUGUCUGGAACAGGAGGAAAAUCAACUGGAGGAGAGCCUCCGCGCAGGCAAAGCCAAACUAGAGAGCAUCCUCAAACUGCUCAAAACUUCACAGGAUGAGAUGGACGAGACACGGAGUGAGAUCUCACAGAUCCAGGAGAGCCAGAAGGCACUGAAUAAAUCCAUCGAGCGCUUCACCAAAGCUCUAAACGGUAACAUGAGCAACCUGUCUGAGAUCGACCAACUGCUCACUGAGGAGAGUUCAAUACCCAGCACCACUGUGGAGGACUCUUUCAAGUCGAAGCUGGCCAUGUUUAAUACUAACCCCACUCAGGACCUCAGCAAGGACCCCUUCCAGAGUGAGGACCCCUUCAGAAGUGACCCAUUCAAUAAAGCUGAUCCCUUUGGCAGCGAUCCCUUCAAACAGGACGAUCCUUUCAGAGACCCCUUCAGCAGCUCGGAUCCAUUUGCUAAAAGUGCUGCCAGCCCUUUAAAGGCCAGCCCUUUUGGUAGGCAGAGGAGUGUUACAUCCAGCAGUUCAAAGUUCAAAGACUCAGACCCUUUUGCUACAGCGGACCCUUUCGGCUACGACUCUUUUGGCGGGAAGACCGGCUUUGCAGACUUUGGAAAUAUGUCAAAGGGCUCCAGCGGGCAACCUUUAGGCCGGAAACCGACCUACCCUCUGCCGCCUCCCAAAAAACCAGUGCCAGCCAGGCCAGCCCCGCCGCCAUAUGGCACAAGUUCAGCAGGAGCUCAUAAAGGGCUUGCUGCUCAUAGCCAAGUGUUCACUGCCCCCCAUGUUCGAAAACCACACGACUCCUCCCUGUCCAAUAGAUCUGCUGUAACUGCGUCUUCUGCGUUUGCAGACUUUAGAGCUUUCGGAAGUGAGGUAGAGCAGCUCGAGUGGGCCAAGCGAGAGAGCAAGAAAGAGGAGGAGGAGCGUCUGAGGAGGCUCCGCCUUCAAGAACAGCAGGAUCUGGAGUUGGCUCUAGCUCUCAGUAGGGCUGACAUGUCUAGAACGUGAGAUGAAUCUACACUCUCUCCUGCACAUCAGCGCCCAACGCUGCAAAAAAGUUGCCACUUCCUCAGAUGCUAAACACAGUCCUGCUACUACUACUACUACUGAAAUUCUCAGAGUGCAGCUUUCCCCUGAACUUUGACUUGUAUGUCGCUUAGUAGUUUCUGCUGCUAAACAUUUAACACUACCCUAAUUUACCUUAGACCCAGUCAAAUCCAAUGACCAAAAUUCCAUAUUGUGAUUAUACUGCUAUGUAUCACAGUAAGUUACAGUAUAUCAAAAACAUGUUAGACAGUUGAUUGCCCUGACUGAAAUUAUUCAUAUUGGGGGUUAUGCGGAUGCCUUGGUUCAGUAAAAACACUCAGAAAUCAUCUGGAGCAUUUCAGUUUGGGUCAGAUGCUCACAGCACAAAAUAAAACAUUUAGUAAUUGGAUAGAAGGCUCAUAUAAGCCUUCAGUGACAAAUAAGUACUGCAGUACUAACAAAUAUAUUGCGCUGGGGCUCGGUGAUGUGGCAAAAAUAUAUAACAAUACAUUUUCUGAAUGCAUAAUAUACUUAUAUAUGUUCAUUUUACAUAUUGUGCUACCUUAAAUGGGAAUUCCACUGAUUUUUCUAAAUUUCUACAAAAUGCAGUCGUUGAGAGGUAAACAGUCAUUUGGAGUCAUUUAAUGUGAAAUUGUUUGUUUUAGAGAAGCAUCCUAUUUACGGUCUUAAGCACGUCAGACUCCUAGGCCUCAUAGGCCACAACACUGCAGACUUCAACACACUGCCUCAUUAAACACUCCUGAUUUAGCUCAUCAGCUAAUUAGCAAGGCCUUAAUCAACUGAAUUCAGAGCUUUAGAUGAGGGCUAACGCUAAUCUCUGCAGCACUUUGGCCCAGAGGGUCCCCAGUUUGACAUGCCUGAUCUAAAGCCUCAUGACUUUUUAUAUGUACUGUUGAUAAUGGUAAAUAAUGGUGUGAAUAAUGCUAAAAACAAUCGUAAAGCAGUGUAUCAGGCACAGAGCAGUGCAUUUCUAACCAUUUCCUGUAGUACAUGUCUGUGAGGGAGCUUUUAGAGACAUUUAAAAACUCUGACAUCUGGUUCCUAUCACCACCGCCGUGAACCAUUCGGAUUUCGUAAAUCUCUUUAGAACGGAGCUUUUCACAUCAAACCACUCUGAAUUAUUAUUUAUGUCUCAAUUUACUUACGUGAAAAUUGGUGGAAUUCCAUUUCCAAUACAGUAAAACAGGCCCAAUUACACUCUUUUUGUAAGGAAAGGAUAAUUUGUUCAGUGUUUAAGUACUGACAAAAUCCAAGACAUUCUAGGAAAACAUGUUGUGACAUUAUGUAACAAUUGCUCGACAAAUUAACAAUAUCAGCAUAUUGCACACUCCCAUGUUGCACAGCCAUAGUUACCUUCCAGGUGCCUUUCAGAAUGCACUGCCAUGUGCCUCAAGUUAAAUUCCAGAUGAGAGACUUAUGCUUGCUUUUAAAUAAGUUAUCAGGAUCAUGGCUGCAUCUGUAACAGGCACCAUCCACGGAAAUUUUGCAGGGAUAACAAAUUUCUCACCAGAUUUUUAUCUAAUAUGCUUCACAAGGGGUUUACACAGCUUUUAUGACAUUGCUGUGCUCUGAAUCUCUGGCAAGAAUGACCAAUGUUAACUUUCCACUUGACAACCAAAUGCUGUUAUGUCUCUACAUGUGUGGCCUCUUUCUCCUCUCCACUCUCCUUAUACCCCUACCAUAUAGAGUCCCUACUUCAGUUGCAUGUAAAUACAGGGUUGAUGAAGGUCUCUCAGUGCACUAUAUUUCAUACAACAUAUAUCCCACAUACAAAGCCCACUUUUCUUUAGACAGAGAGGAAUCUUGAUUAGAAGGAUCCCUUCCUCAAACAGUGGUCAUUAAUCAGUGCUUCCAUUUUAAACAGCAUGGCUUACAGUAGAAUUCAACCAAAGUACUAUCCUGAUGUUCUCAGCAGCCAAAGAACGCUGUAUAAUCACCCCAUAAGCUUAUGGGAGAUAAAAGAGACUGUAGGGUCUUGUGAAUGAUGUGCAUUAUUUAAGCAGUUACUCAGUUAGCAACUAGCAAUACAUACAGUAUCAUCGUUGCCCAAACAAAAAACAAGGAUCUCCACAAUGGUAACUUUACAGGAGAGCAGUUUUGGACUAUUUAUAGUAGUUUAUUCAUCAUGACAUUUUGACACUGGACUUAAUUGAUGUAAAAGUAUAAAAUAACAAAAAAAGAAUUUUUUUUUUUUUUUUUUUUUUGGAAAGCGACGAUAUGCUACUUAUAGAUUUCUGAGAAUGUGUUUUCCAUUAGCAUCCCUAGCACCUUGGGUCCAAGCCAUUUUUUUUUCUCUGUGGAAAAAUAUAUGGCAUUUUCCAAAAUUGCCUCAUCACAUUCUCUGGUUUAACAGACAAGGUCCAAAGCUGAUGUGUUGUUCUGCAUACAUUUCACUGUCAGUAUCACUGUUAUUUGAAUUAUGAGGUUGUUGAUUGUCCCCUGCCUAAUUAAAUUGUCAAAGUCGCUCAGUGUUCUGAUAAGAAACGCAUCAUUGUAGAGAAGCUUGGUGAGUCAGGAGUGUUCACAGUGGUGGUGGUAGUAGGAAUCAGACAUCUGAAGCGUUUGAUAAAUCUAAAAGCUACAUCACAGAAAAUAAAUGAUGUCUGAGAUGUUUAGUUGAUCGUUUUGAGAAGAUUUUGGCCUAAAACCUCAUGGUUUAGAGAUACAUACAGGGUGUUGGAAUUCAAAAUUAUCUCUAAAGAAAACCUGUUUUAUACCACCAAUUGGCCAUCAUCAACAUUAGGUUCACUGGAUAGUAAUAAGUAGUGAAAAGUAAACGAAAUGGCUAUUUUUGCAUUGUAGGCAUUACCCCUGGUUCAGGCCUUGUCAGGGGGACACUGCCCUACUAACCAAUAGUCAUAGUUAAGUGCCUUUGGCAGUAGUAGCCUGCUAUUUGAGUAGCUGGUGUUUAUAUAGUACUUUUGAUUUUAGCCUUGCCUUCAUGUAAGCUAGUGAUGAGCUAGUAAGCUAGGAGAAGCGGCGUGUGUGUUAGUGUUAGUGUGCUUGUAGCAUCUAUAUAGCAAUAUUGACUCCUUAAUGACCUUGUAAUUAAGAGAACAGUGACAUCCAGGGUGAAAAUGCAUACAGAACAAUAUGCAUUGUGUCUGCUUUGGCAUUUUGUUUACCACAGGGUGCGAUGGGGAAAUUUUCAUCAAAACCACCACCAACUACAAAAUGCUGCACAAUGGCAAAUAAAGGUUAGUGUGGCUGGUUAGCAUGAUAUCAUUCUUAGCUUACAGUGGUUGGUAGCCAUGUUAGCAUGCAUGAAAUAGCUGCCUUAAGGUCAUUAGUAAACGAACAGUCUCUGUGCUCAUUCUUUAAUGUCUGCCAAGUUACUUUCCUUGCACAGGUAAAAGCUUCAGACCAAGUACCAGCACAUAAACCGUUGGAACUGGACUCUGAGUAGGACGGUUUUGUUAAGAUUUCAUAGUAUUUAAGUGCAGUUACUUGUUGGAAUGUUAGGUUUUGUGAAGGUAUGAUAAAUGGAAUUUGUUGCAAAUUUAGAAUGAACUUGAAUUACUGUGGAGGUUUUAUUAUGGUUUUUGGAUGUUCUGUUAUGGCCUUAUACUGUAUAUGGUGUUAUGUUUUUAUGUCAUAUUUAUUACACUUAUGUACAACACUACCUUUACAUAUUUUACAUAAUAUAUCUAUAUGGCAGACAUAAACUUAUUUAUACUUUUAUUUGGUGUAGAAUUAAUCACUUCUAUGAUCGAUCUGCUUUUGUGAAUUUCAGAAUAACAAUGAAUUGGUGGAAAUGGAUUUGUAUUUGCAUAGCUUUGACAUUAAACUCAAAUAAUCAGUCUGA